CGUCUCCUGCACUCCCCGUCGGCCUUCCCAAUUUUCCUCAGUCCACCCCUUUCUCUCUCUAGAAAAACGAAUUUCAGCUCUCUCUGUCUCUGUCUCUGUCUCUGUCUGUCUGUCUCUCUCUCUAGAUCAAGCGUGGCCAUUUCGUGGAUCUCUCGGUCGAAGCAGGAAUUUACGCAAUGGCGUGCUAGAUCCUGAUUCCGGAACUCAUUGGAGAGAUCUAGGAUUGGCAGCUGGAACAAGAGGAGGAGGAUUUCCGGUUCUCUCUCUCUCCCUCCCUCUUCCCUCUGUGUGUGUCGGGGGGGUGUUGUGUGCGUGGUGCGCGUGUUAUGAUUUGAGCUGCUGGAUCUGUCGAAGAGAUGGCGUUAUCGGGCAUGAGAGGUCUCUCGGUGUUCAUCAGCGACAUUCGCAAUUGCCAGAACAAGGAGCAGGAGAGGCUUCGCGUCGACAAGGAGCUCGGCAACAUUCGCACCCGCUUUAAGAACGAAAAGGGAUUGACGCCUUAUGAAAAGAAGAAGUAUGUUUGGAAGAUGCUGUACAUACAUAUGCUUGGUUAUGAUGUAGAUUUUGGCCACAUGGAAACUGUCUCUUUAAUAUCUGCACCAAAAUAUCCUGAAAAACAGGUUGGGUACAUUGUAACAGCAUGUUUACUCAACGAAAACCACGAUUUCCUCAGAUUAGCUAUUAACACUGUCCGCAAUGAUAUCAUUGGUCGGAAUGAGACCUUCCAAUGCUUGGCAUUGACUAUGGUGGGGAAUAUUGGUGGUAGAGAGUUUGCUGAAUCUCUUGCACCCGAUGUGCAAAAGUUACUUAUUUCUAGUAGCUGCAGACCCCUUGUGAGGAAAAAAGCAGCAUUAUGUCUCUUGCGGCUGUAUCGAAAGAAUCCUGAUGUUGUGAAUGUAGAUGGCUGGGCGGAUCGGAUGGCUCAGCUUUUAGAUGAACGUGAUCUAGGUGUGUUAACUUCUUCAAUGAGCCUUCUUGUGGCUCUAGUCUCAAAUAACCACGAAGCAUAUUGGAGCUGUCUUCCAAAGUGUGUUAAGACACUGGAACGACUUGCUAGAAACCAGGAUAUUCCACAAGAGUAUACUUACUAUGGUAUCCCAUCUCCCUGGCUUCAGGUCAAGACAAUGAGAGCUCUGCAGUACUUCCCAACGAUUGAAGACCCAAAUACGAGAAGAUCGUUAUUUGAGGUGCUGCAAAGGAUACUAAUGGGAACCGAUGUUGUUAAGAACGUGAAUAAGAACAAUGCUUCACAUGCUGUUCUCUUUGAAGCCCUCUCUCUGGUUAUGCAUCUUGAUGCUGAAAAAGAAAUGAUGUCUCAAUGUGUUGCCCUUCUUGGAAAAUUCAUCGCGGUUCGUGAACCCAAUAUUAGAUAUCUUGGCUUGGAGAACAUGACACGGAUGUUGAUGGUAACAGAUGUACAGGAUAUUAUCAAGAGACAUCAAGCUCAGAUAAUUACAUCAUUGAAGGAUCCUGAUAUUAGCAUCCGGAGGCGAGCUCUUGAUUUGCUUUAUGGCAUGUGUGACAUCUCGAAUGCAAAGGACAUAGUUGAAGAAUUACUGCAGUAUCUCAGCACUUCCGACUUUGCUAUGCGUGAAGAACUGUCUUUGAAAGCUGCAAUUCUUGCGGAAAAGUUUGCACCUGAUUUAUCAUGGUAUGUCGAUGUGAUUCUUCAAUUAAUUGACAAGGCAGGAGAUUUUGUUAGUGAUGACAUAUGGUUUCGUGUUGUGCAAUUUGUUACAAACAACGACGAUCUGCAGCCUUAUGCUGCUGCAAAAGCCAGAGAGUAUCUUGAUAAGCCUGCCAUACACGAAACCAUGGUGAAGGUCAGUGCUUAUCUUCUCGGAGAGUACAGCCACUUUUUAGCAAGACGACCAGGGUGCAGUCCGAAGGAAAUUUUCAGCAUCAUACACGAAAAGCUCCCUACUGUAUCGAUGUCUACAGUUCCGAUACUUCUUUCAACAUAUGCUAAGAUCUUGAUGCAUACUCAACCCCCAGAACCGGAAUUGCAGAAUCAGAUCUGGGCUAUAUUCCAUAAGUAUGAGAGUUGCAUUGAUGUUGAGAUACAACAAAGAGCUGUUGAAUACUUUGCAUUGAGUGCAAAAGGUGCAGCUUUAGCUGAUAUAUUGGCCGAAAUGCCAAAGUUCCCUGAGCGGCAGUCUGCGCUGAUCAAGAAAGCAGAAGAUAUCGAAACUGACACUGCAGAGCAAAGUGCUAUUAAGUUGCGGGCUCAACAACAGAUGUCUAAUGCUCUGGUUGUAACAGACCAGCGCCCUGCAAAUGGGACACCACCAGUCAGUCAGCUUACUCUUGUGAAGCUGCCUAGCAUAAGCAGUAAUUCGGACAAUUAUUCAGCAGACGAAGGAGCUAGACAGGAGAAUGGCACUUUGACCAGAGUAGAUCCUCAACCACCUUCAGCAGACCUUCUGGGUGAUCUUUUGGAUCCACUAGCUAUUGAAGGUCCCCCAGGGGCUGUCCAAUCAGAGCAGAAUGUGCCAGGAGUAGAUGGUGUCCCCAGUGCAGCAGAUACUGCAGCAAUAGUACCUAUUGAAGAGCAAAAAAAUACUGUUCAGCCAAUCGGAAAUAUUGCUGAAAGGUUCCAUGCGUUAUGCUUAAAAGAUAGUGGUGUGUUGUACGAGGAUCCCCAUAUUCAGAUUGGUAUUAAAGCUGAGUGGCGAGCCCACCAUGGACGUCUUGUACUUUUCUUGGGAAACAAGAAUACAUCUCCGCUUGUAUCAGUUCAGGCUCUAAUAUUGCCUCCCUCCCAUUUAAAAACGGAGCUCUCAUUAGUGCCUGAUACCAUUCCUCCACGAGCGCAGGUGCAAUGUCCUCUUGAAGUUGUGAAUCUUCGCCCUAGCAGAGAUGUUGCUGUACUAGACUUUUCCUACAAGUUUGGUAGCCAUGCGGUCAACAUCAAGCUACGCCUUCCUGCUGUUUUAAACAAAUUUCUGCAGCCCUUGACAUUGACUGCGGACGAGUUCUUUCCUCAAUGGAGAUCACUGUCUGGACCGCCUUUGAAGCUUCAAGAAGUGAUCAGGGGCGUCAGACCGCUUCCACUCUUGGAAAUGGCAAACUUACUUAACAGUUUCAGAGUGAUGGUUUGUCCGGGGCUUGAUCCAAAUCCUAAUAAUCUCGUUGCAAGUACAACAUUCUACUCAGAAAGUACGCGUGCCAUGCUCUGUUUGGUUAGAAUUGAGACGGAUCCAGCAGACAGAACUCAGUUGCGUAUGACAGUUUCUUCUGGGGAUCCUACCUUAACAUUCGAGUUGAAGGAGUACAUCAAGGAACAGCUAGUUGACAUUCCAACAAGUUCCCCUCCCCCUCCAAUGGCUCCUUCUGUUGCUUCGCCAAUGGCUCCGGUACCACCUUUAAAUGAUCCUGGGGCUUUUCUAGCUGGUUUGCUGUGACAGUUAUGAACUCGGAGUGAUCAUGUGAAGAUUUGUUGAAAUUACACACCUAUAUAGGACUGAUACAGCCAGUCCCAACCCUUCCGCCCUCUUGUAAGGAAGUCAACUGCAGAAAUAUGAUGCUGGGGCUGGCGGUGUAAAGGGUGAAGCCAAUUGGUCAGUCGAUGGUUUGAGUAGCGUUUCCAGGGUUAGUCGGCAUUUUGAGAUUCUUUCUGCACAAUUUUGGGUGCAAUAGUGAGCAUUUUGCUUCUUUGGUUCUCUUCUUUUUCUUCUCUGUCCUUUGUUCUCUUAUUGAGUUGGUGUGGGGGGGCGGGGGUUUCAGCCCCUUUUCCUAGGUCUCCAGUUCCCAUACGGUUUCAUGAGAAGCAUUGUAAGAUAUGUGGUAUUGUAGAACCAGUUGUAACUGCUUAGAAAUGUGCUUUGUCAAUUGAUAAUUAUAAUUGAUUAUAUUCCAAUAA